AUAAAAUCGUGAUACUCGACAACUCUGAAUCGAACAGUGCUGCAAAACGUCCUACGGUUUCCGCGGAAACCAUUUCUUGGAUUUGCAUUUGCUUUGAGAUCGAAAAUGUCUGUUCCCUCGCCAAAUCCCACUGUGAUUCUCCAAAGUAAGCGCUUUAACGCUUUGCGCAAUGUCCUGGAGCGCGAGGGACCCUUCUGCAAAGACGACUUUUCGUCGUCGCCUGACAACUUGGAGUUUCUGCAGACCAAGUGCAAGGUUCUGAUCAUCGGAGCCGGCGGUCUGGGAUGCGAGUUGCUCAAGGAUUUGGCUCUGAUGGGCUUCGGUAACCUUCACGUCAUCGACAUGGACACCAUCGAGCUAUCCAAUCUGAACCGACAGUUCCUAUUCCGGCGGACAGACAUAGGGUCCUCCAAAGCUGAGUGUGCGGCUCGAUUUGUCAACGGACGAGUGCCCACUUGCCGGGUGACCCCACACUUCAAGAAAAUUCAGGAUUUCGACGAGACCUUCUACCAGCAGUUCCACCUCAUUGUCUGCGGCCUAGACUCAAUUGUGGCCCGCCGCUGGAUCAACGGCAUGUUGCUCUCCAUGCUGCGAUAUGAGGACGAUGGCACCAUAGAUACCAGCUCCAUCAUACCCAUGAUAGAUGGCGGCACCGAGGGAUUCAAGGGCAAUGCCCGCGUUAUUCUGCCGGGCUACACAGCCUGCAUAGAGUGCACCUUGGACCUGUUUCCACCGCAAGUCAACUAUCCACUGUGCACCAUUGCAAACACACCGCGACUGCCUGAGCACUGCAUUGAAUACGUAAAGAUCAUACAGUGGGACAAGGAGAGCCCCUUUGGCGUCCCACUCGACGGCGACGAUCCCCAGCACAUCGGAUGGGUGUACGAACGCGCCUUAGAGCGAGCCAACGAAUUCAACAUCACCGGCAUCACCUAUCGCUUGGUCCAGGGCGUCGUCAAGCACAUUAUUCCCGCCGUGGCCAGUACGAACGCGGCAAUAGCUGCCGCCUGCGCCAUGGAGAUCUUCAAGCUGGCCACCAGCUGCUACGACAGCAUGUCCAACUACCUGAACUUCAACGAUCUGGACGGGAUCUACACCUACACCUACGAGGCUGAGAAAUCGGAAGGUUGUUUGGCCUGCAGCAACACGCCCCAGCCGCUGCCCGUGGAAGAUCCAAAUACCACCACUUUGGAGGACGUAAUCAAGCUGCUGUGCGACUCGCCUCGCUUCCAGCUCAAGAACCCAGCGCUCACCACCGUGAUGAAGGAUGGAAAGCAGCGAACGCUGUACAUGGCCACGGUGAAGAGCAUUGAGGAGGCCACGCGGAAGAACCUGACACAGUCGCUGGGCGAACUGGGCCUGCAGGACGGCCAGCAGUUGACGGUAACGGAUAUCACCUCGCCCUCUGCCAUGACCCUACAGCUGAAGUAUCAGGCGAACGAGGUAGAGAUGGUCUAAGUUGUAUUGAAUCACAGUAGGCAACAAUUUUACAUGUAAAUAAAAAUGCCGCAGGCUCA